CCCUUUUAUUUUAAUUAUAAAACUUUUUAACUUUAACAGUUGUUAGUUUGGAUUCAAAUUACGUUCAUUUAGUUAUAAAUGAUGUUCUGUUAUUAAGGUUUGGCUUAAAAUAGCGAAGUUACUCACAAGUCAGUCAGAAAUAGCUGAUAUAUUCUUUACACAAUCAACUUUGGUAGCGCCAAUUAAUAUUUAUGGAGAAUAUCCGUUCAUAAGAAUUCAUUUUUUCCAUGAAUAUUAGAAAAUCUUCAGUGUUUGUGAAUAUUAAACGUACGAUUUUGCAUUGCAAACGACAUUGUUUAGCAAAAUACGUAACUUUUAAGAACCAAAUUCAAGUUUGUGUAUAAAUCUCAUUAGUAUAUACAACUUUUAAUGUUUGAAAUAUUGUAGAAGGGAUCCUUGAUGCUAUUGCAUUCCUAGUCUCUUUAUGUUUUCUUCUGACACGACGCUCACAGUUUAUCAUAUUUCUUUUACCUCUCUUUAUGCGCUUGGAAUUAAAUAAACUAAUUUCCUAGACUUUCUGUAAUUAAAAUCUUAUUAUACAGAUUUCCAAUUCGUAUUUUUAUACAGACCGAAGUCUCGGGGUUAUAGAUCUGGUUUCCCUUCCUAAGCCCUGGUACCACACUCGAUUCAGUUCCAAUUUCACAGCAGGAUGGAGAAUUCAAAUGAAGGCUUUCCAAGUGAAAGAUUCAAUAAAGAUACCUUAAUCAUUUAAAAGGAUCAUGCAAUACACAAGUGUAAUCACGAACUCUACGGAUUCGCCUUCUACAGAAUCAUCAAGUAUCGCCAUAAAAAUCCUUGUUGGCAUUAUCCUCUGUCUUAUAAUAUUUCUUUCUAUAACAGGAAAUAUUCUAGUUUGCAUCGCUAUAUGCACCGAUCGUCGUCUUAGAAAAUUGGGUAAUUUAUUUCUAGUGUCCUUGGCUGUCGCAGAUUUAUUUGUGGCGGCGUUAGUGAUGACCUUUGCAGUUGCAAACGAUUUAAUGGAGUAUUGGGUAUUUGGACAGCAGUUCUGUGACACUUGGACAGCGUUUGAUGUUAUGUGUUCUACAGCUUCUAUUCUUAAUUUAUGUGCCAUUAGUCUCGACCGAUAUAUACAUAUUAAAGAUCCGUUGAGGUACACUCGAUGGAUGACAAAAAAGAUUGUUCUACUGAGUAUAGUCGCUAUAUGGUUAUUAUCGGUAUUAGUGUCGUUUCUACCUAUUUCUCUUGGUUGGCAUAAACCAAAGAACCAUAUUCAAAAAACUAUCGAAGAAAAACCCGUUUGUGCAUUAGAAUUGACAGCGUUAUAUGCUGUAGUAUCAUCUGUUAUUAGUUUUUAUGUUCCAUGCAUUGUAAUGGUUGCUUUGUACAGUAGAUUAUAUUAUUACGCGAGAAAACAUGUCGAAAGUAUUAGAGCUGUGACCAAAAUUACUCCAUGUGAUCAAAUAAACAAUCCAAUAAGAUCACUCAGCCAUAGCUCUCAUAUUACGACUGAUCACAAAGCAGCCAUUACACUGGGUAUCAUUAUGGGUUCGUUUUUAGUGUGUUGGAUGCCAUUCUUCUGUAUCAACAUUGUCGCUGGAUUUUGUAAAACAUGUAUUUCUGACGACGUCUUCAAGACACUUACGUGGCUGGGAUAUUGUAACUCUGCUUUAAAUCCAGUUAUUUAUAGUAUUUUUAACACGGAAUUCCGUGAUGCUUUUAGAAAAGUAUUAGUUACGUAUUUCCAUACUGACUGUUGUUCCGUGAGUAGAUGUCAUUCCUACCAUAAAUCAAGAAAAAGUCGAACCUGCGAUGGAAAAUUGUAUAUGGCACCUUCCGGUUUUAAUCAAAGAACGGAUGAUCCUUUGAAAGAAACAAAUGGUGACAGUACACAAAUAUAACAUUUGCAAAGAAAAUAUUUGAGAAUAUUUUUGAAAUUAUCGUCAUAAUUAAUUAAUUAGAUAAGUAAAUACUGUAUUGUGUUUAAUCGAUGAUGAAACCCACCGACAUUUUUCGUUUUAAAUCAUUUUAAACGAUGUUAAUAACUAUAAUUUACAUGUUACGACAAUCAACAUAAAAACGAACUGUUUUUACAUUAAUGUUCGGCGAAGAAAAGUUAAUGACAACUAAACAAUAAAUAAAAACAAUAGAAUAUAUUUCAUGUAUUUCAAAAAUAAAAAAUAAUAAAGAGAAAUUGUUAUUUAAUUUAGUUUUAUUAAUAAAUAUCUGUUCUGUUCGAUUAGUUUAUUAAAGCUGUAUAAGAAUAAAUUUGGGUUUACUUUAAAAAAAAAUGAAAACAUUGUAUGUUAUAAAAUAUUUA